AUGCUGGAGGAGCCGCAAUGCCGUGAGCAGUCGGAUCAGUAUCGUAGCCCGAUCCCAAGGGUCAUGACCUUCUACCGAUUGCUCGUGAGCAUGUUGGUAGCAGCAAGCAUGAUAGCAGACCGUUCUGCUUCCCCAGUGGAUUGUUCUUGGGGGCUAUCGCUGAAAAAUACUCCAAGUCGCUUCCUGGGAGUAGUGCGGCUCACUGGGGGUCAAGGGGAGAGUGGAGGGAAAGAGGAAGUGAUAAUAGUAGGGGAUGGGGAUGGGGAAGGGAAGACCAUCUGCGAGCUUUACAACUUGACGGAGAAGGAGUACUCGGAAGCAUUCGACAAGGUCUGGGAUGAGAUAGAGCAGGAGAACUUGCAGUACAACCUAGAGCGGAUGCCGAGGAUUAUCGAUGAAGACGAUGACGGCCAGUUCACGCCUGAGAAGGCCUCCAAAGGGUUGUUCAACCUGUUCGAGUGCUACAUGGGAUUGUGGCCGGACAGGUCGUCGAAGAAUCCUCGGCACGUCCAGAAGGCAACGAUCUUCAACUAUUCAAGGAUGGAUGAGCCAAACUACGUCAUAGACCAGAUGGCUGAGAAGUGCCGAAUAUCGGCCGACUACAGCACCAGCAGCGAGUCGUCAUCGGUGGACUCUGAAACGCUCGCUGGUCUGUUCAGGGAAGCGGAGAGGAGGGAGGACGAAGCGAUGAGAAGCAUAGCCCCCAAGUACGCGGACAAGGAGCAGGAGGCCGAAGUGGACGCUAUCCGAGAGGAAAUCAUGCAGGACGACAAUAUUGAGAUCGCUCCGCAGCUCCUCAAGGACAGCUCGAAAUCUACAACCAGCUCCAGCACGGAGGAAUCCAGUUAUCUGAGCGACGAGAUCGACUUGUACAAGAGAUUUCGUAGCAGGCUGCCUAUGGACUUCAUGGAGGAGUUCGGUGAACUCGACAACAAAAAGCCGUGGGACGUCCACUCCGAACUGUCUUCCACCGACUUGGACAGCAAAACUCACAGCGAUGAUUUGGACCCUCAUGGCUACUUUUUCUCUUCGGAGCUUACAGCGGAGCCUGACAUAGUCAACGCAAACGUGUCGGAGGGCGACCAGGAGCUGCUCAACUCGGAGCUGAUCGAGCUCUGUCGCUACCCUCGAGAAGAUGCCAUGUGCCCGAAAGACCACGUCCAACAAGUCCUCGAAGUCCUCAAGGCAGGAGGACAGAUCAACGUUCCUGACGGAUACCUCUGGACUCCCCUCCACCAUGCUGCUUUCCGAGGGCACGAUCACAUCAUUCGGAUGCUCGUGCACAGGGGAGCCUCCAUAGAGGCAGAGAACCGCGACAGGAACACUCCCCUCCUUGUAGCCGUGCGUUACGCCAAGUUCGCAGCUACCCGCAUGCUGAUGCACCUUGGAGCGAACUGGCGGCAGAAUGGGGAGAAUAUCUUCCAUAAGGUUCUCAAGUCGAAAUGCGCAAGACUCAAGAGGAGGAUACAUAACCUGUGCAUGAACGACGAUCAGUUGGACGAGCUGCUGGAGAACGGGCUAACAGUGAAGCAGGGCAUGAUGGAAGCAAUUGAUGAAGAUGAAGACAACUCCUGCUCUGACUUCUUCGAGCCCGAGCCGGGUGCCCCCAAGGCCGUGAGGGAAGCAGUCAGACAAUGCACUUCCUACCAUGACGAGAGGUUGCGGCCUGUGGAGAUGACAUGGUCUUACAAGCAGCUGGAGAAGCAGAGAAAGUCGGAGGACAUGCAAAACGAGGAUUUGAUGGAAGCUGUAGACGACCAGGAGGACGUGUCAACGAGUGAAGUUGAGGAACUCAAUGAUUGGGAAUGA